AUGCUGGCCUUACGCUCCUUCAUCCGCCAACCCGGCAUCUCAUCUCGAUAUUCACAGAUCCGCAGCGUAUCAACACUAGAAGGCCACCCUCACAUAUACACCUUCCCCUCCAACGGCUCCCACAUCCUCACCCUCCUCCCAACAACCCCACCCAACGCGACGCUCUCCAUCGGCCUAACCUCAAAACUCCCACCCACGCCUGACUCCUUCCGCGAGAAUCCCCGCUUCCUCAACAUCCUGCAAGACGUGCUCGCCGAGCACGGAUACCAGGACCCCGACGCCGUCUCGCAAGCCCAGGUCAUGGUGUCGACGGCCGGCGCGAAUCUCAGCUCCGGCGGCGUGUUGUUGACGGGGGGCAGGGCGAGGCGUAGACGCGGGGAGACGGCGGAUUCGAGUGGCGGGGCGAGUGGUCAGGGGGGUGCUGGGUCUGCGGGCAGGGGCGGGUGGAUUCAUUUGUCGGAUGGGAGGAGGCCGCCGGAGUAUGGGCGCAUUGCUUGGCCGGAGGAUAUCUUUGGGAGUUUGGAAGUUGAUGGAGAUGGCAACUUUGUUGGGGGGAAUGGGAAUUACCAGGCGAGUGGUACCUAUCGCAUUGUGACGAGGGAUGGAUUUUUCGGACUGAGUCCAUUCCUGAGAGAGAAGCUGGUUCAGAAGUUGCGCGAGAUCGAGUCUCAAUCCUAA